UGCACAAUUAGUAUUAAAUUGAAUAUAAAUCGAAUAAAAUAUUGCAUGCAACCCUGUAAGGUUUGCCUUUGCUUGGGUAAUUAAAAGGCAAUCGCUAAUUGCUAGUUCAAUUAAGCAGCAGUAUGAAGAGUGAAAAAAUGACUUCGCCUAAAGCUAAAAGGAAGCGAUUAGCCUGGACUGAGGGUGCCGAGCUGGCCAUACUGGAAUUGUGGGCAGAGCAUGUAGUAGAGCUUCGUGGAGUACGUAAAAAUAUGCAUAUUUAUGAGAAAAUAUCAGAAGAAUUAAUUAAGUUGGGCUACAUAUAUAAUGCGCGGGAGGUGCAAGUGAAAUUGGCCAAUUUUUCACAGCGUUAUCGCAUAGAGAAAGCGAAUAUGUUAGAAUCUGGUGAAACGACAUCUUCUUGGACACAUUAUGGACGUGUACACCAGAUAAUUGGACGUUUCAAAGUAAACUCGUUUUACGAUUCAACACUGGAAACCAUUCAAGCGGAAUCAUCUGGUGCAUCACGCCUAUCACCAAUUAUACCGCCAUCCCCCCAUACAUCACCUGUCCCUUCUCCGCCGGCAUCUCCGCGUGCAAGCACUUCAACGCCAGUAACCGUGCCUAAUAAGAAGAAGAAAGGCGUGAGUCAAUUCCAAUUGAAAGUGCUGGACAAAUUCGAGGAACUGUCAGCGGAGAUAACACAGUAUUUAAGGCAUACCGAAGAAAAUGAAAGGCAGUUAAUUGAAAUAGAACGACAAAAGGCGGAGUCACUGAAAAAAUUUAAUGAAGUUAACAGGGAGUUUAAAGACGCUAUUUUAAAGUUUCUACAGAAAGAAUAGAAGUGUAGUGUUUAAGUUUUUAGUUUUUUUAAUAUUAAAAAGUCAUAUUUACUAUAUAGUAUGCUAAGUAUUGCUUUUUUAUGGUAUGAAGUGAUUGGAUGGUGGUCAGUACAAAUUGAGAUUUGUAUUUUAUUGCUGUAGUUUCUGCAUCUGGCACUUUGAAGUUUCUAGUUAUUUUGCUAAUUAACGUCAAUAUUAAAUUGAUUAAGAUAUUCACACG